CUCGGAGGAGCGGCGGCGGGGCGCGGCGGGGCGCCGAGGGCCGGUGCCCGCCGCUCGCCCGGAGCCGGGUCCGCGCUCACGCUCAGGCUCCUUUAUGCCGUCGUGAGAUGCUGCGAGCCUCGUCAUCGGCUGGGACGCUUCCCUGGGAGAGCCGAUAGCCCACCGUCCACAGCCCCUACCCUCCCGAGCGUGGCGCCGCGUCCGGGGACGCCGGUGUUGAGACCCUGUUCCUGGCAAAUGACAAGGCAAGACGCCCAGUGCUGACCUCGCGUUUGGUCACUUUUCAAAAGCCCAGUGGCUGUCCCUAAAUGAGUCCAGAUCUUACAUAAAAUGGGUGUUUCUUACACUGUUACUGAAAAUUAAGUAUAUAAUCUAUUCAGUAAAAUCCAAGCUGCCAUGGAAGAAAUACCAGUAAAAGUCGCUGUAAGAAUUAGACCUCUGCUUUGCAAGGAAGUUCUUCAUAACCAUCAAGUGUGUGUGAGGGAUGUUCCAAACACCCAGCAGAUUAUCAUUGGGAGAGACAGAGUUUUUACUUUUGAUUUUGUUUUUGGCAAAAAUUCCACUCAAGAUGAAGUUUAUAAUACAUGCAUAAAGCCCCUAGUGUUGUCACUCAUUGAGGGCUAUAAUGCAACGGUUUUUGCGUAUGGACAAACUGGAUCUGGGAAGACGUACACCAUUGGAGGAGGCCAUGUGGCAUCAGUUGUGGAGGGCCAAAAGGGUAUCAUUCCUCGAGCUAUCCAAGAGAUAUUUCAAAGCAUCUCUGAAAACCCUAGCAUUGACUUUAAAAUCAAAGUGUCAUAUAUAGAAGUGUAUAAGGAAGACCUAAGAGAUCUUCUAGAGUUGGAGACGUCCAUGAAGGACCUUCACAUCCGAGAAGAUGACAAGGGAAACACAGUGAUUGUUGGGGCCAAAGAAUGCCAAGUGGAGAGCGCGGAUGAAGUGAUGAGUCUCCUGGAGGCAGGGAAUGCUGCCAGGCACACCAGCACCACCCAGAUGAACGAGCACUCCAGCAGAUCCCAUGCAAUUUUCACAAUAAGCAUUUGCCAAGUUGAGAAAAACACAGAAGCAGCUGAGAAUGGAGAGUGGUAUUCACAUCGGCAUAUUGUCUCCAAAUUCCAUUUUGUGGAUUUGGCUGGAUCAGAAAGAGUGACCAAAACUGGGAAUACUGGUGAACGAUUCAAAGAGUCCAUUCAAAUCAACAGUGGGCUGCUUGCCUUAGGAAACGUAAUAAGUGCCCUUGGGGACCCGCGCAGGAAGAGCUCUCAUAUUCCAUACAGGGAUGCUAAAAUUACCCGUCUUCUGAAAGAUUCCCUGGGAGGCAGUGCCAAGACUGUCAUGAUCACGUGCGUCAGCCCAUCCUCCUCAGACUUUGAUGAGUCCUUAAAUUCUCUCAAAUAUGCCAACAGAGCACGGAACAUUAGAAACAAGCCUACUCUAAACUUUAGCCCUGAGUCAGACCGGAUGGAUGAGAUGGAAUUUGAGAUUAAGUUGCUUCGAGAAGCUUUGCAGAGCCAUCAGGCCAGUAUCAGUCAAACUAGCCAGACCCCCUCAGAGGGUGCUUCUGACCACAAUCGGAUCCAUUCUCUAGAGGAACAGGUAGCUCAGCUCCAGGAGGAAUGUCUGGGCUACCAGGACUGCAUAGAGCAAGCAUUCGCCUUCCUAGUGGACUUAAAAGAUGCUGUCAGGCUAAACCAGAAACAGCAGCACAAGCUACAGGAAUGGUUUAGCAGGACCCAGGAAGUCAGGAAGGCUGUCGUCACCCCAUUUCCAGGACACCAGGGUGUUGGGAACCUCGAAGAAGGACCCCAGAAUGUGACAGUUCUCCAACUGAAGAGAGAGCUUAAGAAAUACCAGUGUGCCCUGGCUGCCGACCAAGUGCUGCUCACACAGAAGGAGCUGGAGGUGGAGGAGCUGAGGGGCCAGGUGCAGCUCAUGGUGCAGGAGAACAAGGGGCACGUGGUGUCCCUGAAAGAAGCACAGAAAGCCAACCGACUGCAGAAUGAAAAGAUAAUAAAACAGCAACUUCUUGUCAGUCAGCUGAGUGAAGAACUAGCAAAAUUUAACUUGUCGAUGACGUCGUCAGUUAAAGAGAGCUGUGGAGACGGGCCUGAUGCCAGAAUCUCUGAAAACAGACCUCACACAGUACCAUUUGAUAGUCACUGGGGACACCGUGUUUACAUCCCACCAAGGCAGGAUUCCAAGCAGGUCUACUCAAGUCCUCCUAUAUACACUCUGGACCAAGUAUUCGAUGGGUUCCGGACACGAAGCCAGAUGCUCAUGGGUCACUUAGAAGAACAAGAUGAAGUUGUCCACUGCCAGUUUUCUGACAACAGUGAUGAUGAAGAGUCAGAAGGCCAAGAUAAAUCUAGAAUUAGAUCUAGAAGUCACUCAUGGGUCAAAGAGCCAGGCUCUGUUUGCUCUCUUGUUGAACUAACCGAUACUACAGAUGAAACACAGAAGUCCUAUUUGGAAAAUGGAGAUUUGAAGAUGGAAUGUCUCCAGGAGAGUCAGGAGUUAAAUUUGCAAAAAUUAAGGACUUCGGAACUCAUACUUAAUAAAGCUAAACAAAAAGUGAGAGAACUUACAAUUAACAUCAGGAUGAAAGAAGAUCUGAUCAAAGAGUUAAUAAAAACAGGUAACAAUGCCAAGUCUGUGAGCAGACAGUACUCUUUGAAGGUAACGAAACUGGAACAUGAAGCUGAGCAGGCUAGAGUGGAGCUCACAGAAACCCGAAAGCAGCUGCAGGAGCUAGAGAGCAAAGACCUUUCUGACGUUGCAUUGAAGGUCAAACUACAGAAAGAGUUCCGGAGAAAGAUGGAUGCUGCAAAGCUGCGAGCCCAGGUCUUACAGAAAAAGCAGCAAGAUAGUAAGAAGUUGGCAUCACUGUCCAUCCAGAGCGAGAAGCGUGCCAGCGAGCUGGAGCAGAGCGUGGGCCACCUCAAACACCAGAAAGCGCAGCUGCAGAGACGGCUUCGAGAAGAGAGCGAGAAGAAGCAGCACCUGGAUGCAGAGGUUAAGAGAGAGCAGCAAAAAAUCAAAGAGCUGCAGUUAAAAACAGGUCAAGGAGAUGGUCUGAACUCAAAGGCUGAGGACCUGGAUAGGUUUAACUCGGACAGAAGAACAGGUCCUUUCAGAAGUGUGGACCAACUCCAGAAAUUGGAUGAGCAAAAGAAAUGGUUAGAUGAAGAAGUAGAGAAAGUUCUGAACCAACGCCAAGAACUAGAGAUGUUGGAAGAAGACCUGAAGAAGCGGGAAGCCAUCGUCUCCAAGAAGGAAGCCCUGCUACAGGAGAAGAGUCACCUAGAGAAUAAGAAGCUGCGGUCUAGUCAGGACUUAAGCACAGACAGUCUGAAAAUAUCAGCUCGCCUGAACUUGUUGGAGCAAGAGUUGUCGGAAAAAAGUUUGCAGCUUGAGAGCAGCACAACCGAGGAUAAAAUGAAGAUCUCAGAACAGGUUCAGGCUCUCCAGAAAGAAAAGGAUCAGCUGCAGAGACAGAGAAACAUUGUGGACGAAAAGCUUAAGAAUGGUAGAGUGCUGUCCCCCAAAGAAGAGCAUCUUCUUUUCCAACUUGAAGAAGGAAUAGAAGCUUUGGAAGCUGCGAUUGAAUUCAAGAGCGAAAGCAUCCGGAGCCGCCAGGACUCACUCAGAGCGUCGCUGCAGAGUCUCUCCCAGAGUGAAGCAGAAGUUCUGGGAAAACUAGUUUGCCUGAAUCUUACCGAGAUUAGAGCUAUUCUUUUCAAAUAUUUCAAUAAGGUGAUUAAUUUGCGAGAAGCUGAACGCAAACAAGAGUUGCAGAACAAAGAGAUGAAAAUGAAGGUUCUGGAGCGGGAUACUAUGGUCCACGAGUUAGAAUCUGCCCUGGAGCACCUGAGACUGCAGUGUGACCGGAGACUGACCCUGCAGCAGAAGGAGCAUGAGCAGAAGAUGCAGCUGCUGUUGCAUCAUUUCAAAGAGCAAGAUGGAGAAGGCAUUAUAGAAACCUUAAAAAAAUAUGAAGAUAAAAUCCAGCAGCUGGAAAAAGAUCUUUACUUCUAUAAGAAAACCAGCAGAGAUCUUAAGAAGAAACUGAAAGAGACUGCCCGAGGAGCAUCGCCAUGGCAGCUGUCAUUAGCAGAUCCCGGUGAUGCUGGAGAUGGAGCCCUGAACAACCCAGGAGAGGCGGCAGGGCUUUGUGGAGAACCAAAAUGGGCGACUGGAACUGAAAAUGCAAAGCUGAAUGGAAGAGAAAGAGAAGCAGACGAUUCUUCAAGCAGCUUAAAAACCACAGCGCUGCCCCCACAGACUCUGGAAGGCAGCCCGGAGGCACUUCCAGUCCGGGGCUCAUUGGCACCCUCCAGUGGCCAGCUGUUGGGCAGCGCCGAUAAACCAGAGACCCAUCCCUUCAUACUAUCUCAGAGUCCACCACCAUCCCACGUUCAGCCUGGGAAGACUGCGGGGCCGCUGCAGGGUGUCAAACCUGUCAAACUGUGUCGCAAAGAAUUACGUCAGAUUUCUGCCUUGGAGCUGUCGUUACGACGCUCCAGUCUGGGAGCUGGGGUCCGGUCAGUGACUGUUGAUUCCCUUGAAGUACCUGAGGAAACCUAGUGACUUCAAAGUAUACACAUUGGACAAUAAAACUUUUAAUUUAGUACAUAUGUGAAAAGAUCCCUUUUACUAACUUGGAGAAUGAGAGCCCAGAGUCAGCAGCUUCUUCACAAGACCCAGGAAAGGGGGCUUGGUGGUACUCUUGUGUAUGUUAGGGCUUUCCUAUUUCAUAAAUGCAUUUUUGAAUGCUUGGUACAUUGAACUACUUAAUAAGUGUAUUUAAGUUCUUUCCUAGGCAUGUUUGCUUUACUUUUUAAAGUACAUUUGGAGAACUAACCAAAGACUAAAACACUCUUCAAAUGUAUAUUGUUCUAUAUAAUAUAAAGGCAUAUUAUAGAAGUACAUUAUAAUCCUUAAGUAUUGGAAUGUUAAAGUAUCCGUAUGUUGCUAUUUUUUAAGCUCCAGAUAAAUCCCGGUUGUGCCAGAGUUACCUACCUACUGUGUGUGUUUGCCGGAAUUAAGAGUUACCUACCUACUGUGUGUGUUUGCCGGAAUUAAGAGUUACCUUCCUACUGUGUGUGUUUGCCGGAAUUAAGCCUGUGGGCCAAGGGUGCGUCACAGUUGUUAGGAUCCACAGAGGUGGCACAUCAGCCUUAACUCUAGCAUGGUGUCUUCGCUUUUAUAGUUAGCUUAUAUUGUUGGACAAUAGAGUAGAACGCUAAUCUCCACCUUUAUCCCGCCCUGUGCAUUUCACAUUCCCUCUCAUACGAAGUCAGAAUUGUGAGACGUGGCUGCAGUUUCCUGAACGGGACAGGGAAGGACCACAGAGCCGCACAGAACAUCCCAGCAUCCUCAGGAAGAUGCCACUUGCGAGUGGUGUGGCCGGUGGAGUGCGUGGGUGAUGUCCCUCUGAUAGGCGAGAGCUGAGACUUGACCCCCUUGGCGUCCAGCUUCACAGGCUUUGGUGGCACUGGGCUGCAAAUACGACAUGAAAUCUAGUUAACCCUUUACGUUUCAAUUAAACGAGCAAUUCAUUCUUUCCUACAAUAUUUAUCACAGGCAACAUCCCAUUAUGCUGCCCUGAAGUAUUAUUUCUUUUCCACACUUUCACGUGUAAGCCAAAGUUGUUUUGUUUUGGAUUAGUUAAAGUUGCGUGGCACCAGUAGCAAAGCUACCCUACAGAUGCUUGCUCAGUUCCUGCGGAGUCCUCUCCCUUGCUGAGGGUUUAAGUGUCUCUAUGUCUGUGCGUGCACAAGCACACACACACACGCACGCACACACACACACACCCUAUAUCAUAUAUUAAUCUCAUGGUAAAAAGUCAGUGCCUUCAAUUACCCAUAAGUUAUAUAUUAAGCUGAGUAUGGUACAUGCCUUUACUCCCAGCACUCUGGAGGCAGAGGCAGGUGGAUCUCUGUCUACCUGGUCUACAUAGUGAGCUCUAGGACAACCAGGACUACAUAGAGAAACCCUGUAUUAACAAACAAAAAUUAUGUAUUAGUAAAUAUCUUUAUUAAUGAAGGUCAUAAUUGUAAAUCCUUUUAAGAUUAAGUAGCGUGCUAUGCCUUACUAAGUAAUUCAUACCAUUGUGUUUUGAUGCAAGAAUCCUUCUUGCCCAAGAAAUUAAAACAUUUACUUUACGUAUGGAAAUAUAAAACUCGUUUUCACUAACAAAGCAACAGAAGUUACAUAAAACUAAAAUGGUUUCAUCGUAUAAUACAAAUGUGAAUUCAUUGUCAAGUAACAAAGGUAUGCUUUCCCCAUUUUUGGUAAACAUUUAAUUUGUAUCUUGUAUAUGCUUUGAUAGAUUUCAUCCACAUAAUCAAACAUACAUAGCUGAUGUCCCAGACAGGUAAUUUAGGUGUGAGCAAUCCAUUCUAGCCGGGUCAUUGGCUUAUAGAGUAAUCAGAACACAAGGUGCCUCCUCCCAGGUUCUCACACUGAAGCAGCAAGCGCUGUUUACCCCUGAGCAUCUCCCCAGCAAGCGCUGUUUACCCCUGAGCAUCUCCCCCGCCUGACUUUCUCGGUAGAAAAUGGGGUUUUUUAUUUUGUUUUGUUUUGUUUUUUUCAAGAUAGGGUUUCUCUCUGUUCAGCCCUGGCUGUCCGGAAAGACCAAGCUGACCUCAAACUCGGGGAUCCACCUGCCUCCCUAGCUGGAAUUAAAGGCGUGCACCAAUACUGCCCAAUCUAUACAAAACAGGUUUUUGUUGUUGUUCAUUUUAUUCUUAUAUUUCCUACAUGUAACAGAGUAUUUAAAGGGGAAAGGUCCGUCUCUUUACAAUGCUCUUCCCUUCCCUAACUGGAGUAUUGCUAGGAGAGGUUUGUGGUGGAGGGAGGGGCUUUUGCACCCAGACUGCUCUGCUUUGACUUCUCUGAUGUAAGCUCUUGGGUCGCUCACUCAUUCAUACCCUUAAAAACUUGGAGUCAAAGAGUCAGCAGAAACAUGAUUUUCAGUGACAUAGACUUUCUCUUCUUUAGCUAUCGCUGCGUUUAUAAUAACCCACAGCAAUGAAGUUAUUCUUCUAUGUAAGAACAGGUGCUAUAAUGGAACCAGACCAGCAGGCGGGGCCGUCGUGGCACGGCUCCUCAGACAUCACAUGUGGGAUGAUAUGCAGGGGUCCGAGAAGAAGUCCAUUGGUCGUGGCAAUUCUCCCCACUCCUUUGGUGUUUUAAAGAUACCGUGUGUGUUUCACAUCUAAAACUGUAACGCGCUCUGGGCCGUCUCCAUCCCGAUGGCUGUCCCUGGCACACUGAGGGUGCACUGGUUUUGAGCCUGUGUGGGCUGUAGUUUAUCACAAGCAGGAGCACAUCUACCCCGCCCACCCGGCAGACAGUGUCUCAUGCUACCCUGCUGCUGCUGCUAGUAACUGACUUUUCAAGGGCCCUACAGAAAUGCAUGGCUCACCCGCACAGGGCUCCCUGCUUAUGGCCUUCUCUUAGGAUGAGCUGCUCACACCCACCAGAUACUUAGAAAAUGGUGUUCAUGGUUAUGCCAUCCUUUGAGUUGAACCCGGUGUGAGCGUGAGAGGAAUCUUCCGGAACAAGGGAAGUUAUAAAAAAGAAAACCUCAGGUUACCAUGUCAGCUUUUCGUGUUUCCAGUAGUUUUCAUUUGACCCCACUCCAGACAGUUUUAUUAGACCUUAGCACAACUGACUCCAUGAUGGAAGCUCCAUUCAGGCUGUAAAACUCCGCAUGUAGACAGCACCACUAGCAAAACUUUGUCACAGGGUCAAACUAUCAAAGUCCACAGUUGUGGCAAGUCUUUAAAUGCACUAACCCUUGCUUUUGGCUUCUGUAGUCUGUUCUGCUUCUGGCUAGCUCGUCUUGUUAACGAAGUAUGACAACCCAGAAUAUGGUUUUUGUGCCUAAAAGCUCCCCCUGAGAAAGGCUCAGGGUUACACUGGGAUCUCAAACACCCCAUGUAGUCACCAGCUGGCUAAUAAAGACUUUCUAUUGGCUUAA